AUGACCAUCCUCGACUCUGAACCGUUCAUCAGAGUUGAUGUCCCCAAGCACUUGGAUAUAAUCUCGGACCUCAAGUUCUCGAAGUCCCAGGAUCAAUUCCUCUUUUCCUCAUGGAAUAACAAACUUCUUCUCUACGAUUGCAGUUUCCUCGACAACACCCGAAUCCUCAACGAAUUCAUCACCCCGGUCCCCAUACUAAGUAUUCAGUACCUCAGAGACACUCUCGCGUAUGUGGGAUCACUUGAUGGCCUGUUAUACCACGUGGACUACGAAAAUGGGAAACUUAUGAAGGAGCUGUUUGUACCCGCUCCACAAACAGAGCUCGACUCUGGAAUCAACAAUUUGGCCACCUUCAACGACAGCUUGCUAGUGGCAUCUACUUUCAACAAGCACUUUCAUAUCGUGGAUUCCCGAACUUCCCAUCCCAUCGUGUCGAGGAAAAUGGAGAAGAAAAUCCUAAAUAUGGAUACAACCUCUACCUACUUAGCCAUUGGCAUGACCGAACGUACGGUGGAAGUCUACGACCAUCGCAACUGGAACACUCCUUUCCAGGUCCGUGAAAGUGGCUUGAAGCUGCAAAUCACGGACCUUAAGACCUUUCCUAGCGGUGAAGGGUUUGCCAUAUCCAGCAUCGAUGGCAGAGUCAGUGUCGAGUACUUUGAUCCAUCUCCGGCAAUCCAGGACAAAAAGUACGCUUUCAAAUGUCAUAGACUCCUUGAUAAACUCACACAAACAGACGUGGUGUACCCGGUGAACUCGAUUCUCUUCAAUCGCAAAUCCAACCACCUCUACACCUCAGGCUCCGAUGGGUGCUUAAACUUAUGGAACUGGGAAACGCGACGCAGGGUCAAGCAAUUCCCCAAGUUCAAGACCGACGAGUUGGUGGAAAGCAUCGUCAAGUUGGAUCUCAAUUGCAGCCAGUCGGUGCUUGCGGUUGCCACUAGCGACGACGGGUUCAAGAACAGCCCUUCACUCGAACAGACUGGGUCUCUGCCUCGGUUCUCCAGUUGUAUAUACGUUAAGCGAGUGUAA